UGAGGGCUGGCAAUAACCAUCAUUUUGUUUAGGGACUGGUUUGGUUUUGCUGUUUGGAGGCCACACCCAGCCGUGCUCAGGACCGACCCUGGCUCUGCACUCAGGGAUCACUCCUGGCGGUGCUCAGGAGACCACGGGGGUUCCGGAGAAUGCCAGUUACAGGAACCGUCCCGGUACGUGACGCAGAACAUGGCCGAGGAGGAGGAGGAGGACUAUAUGUCCGACAUCUUCGUGAAUGUCCAGGAGGACGUCAGGCCCGGGCUGCCCAUGCUCAGGCACGUCCGGCAGGCCCGGCAGAAGGAGGAGAAGCAGCAGGAAGCCAACCUGAAGAACAAGCAGAAGAGCAUCAGAGAGGAGGAAAGGGAGAGGCGCGACCUCGGGCUGAGGAGCGCGCUGGGCAGCGAGAACAAGGGCUUCGCGCUGCUGCAGAAGAUGGGCUACAAGAGCGGCCAGGCGCUGGGCAGGAGCGGUGAUGGUAUUGUCGAACCAAUCCCUCUUACUCUCAAAACCGGGAAAAGCGGCAUCGGGCACGAGGCGCUGCUGAAGCGGAAGGCGGAGCAGAGGCUGGAGAGCGCCCGGCGGAAGGCCCGGCUGCAGAGCCUGGCCGCGGAGCACGCCGAGGAGCAGUUCCGAAUGCGCCUCAAGACGAAGCAGGAUGAAGCGAAGCUCGAGGGGGACCUGCGGAGGAGCCAGCGGGCCUGCCAGCAGCUGGACUCGCAGAAGCAAAUCCAGGUCCCCAAGGAGCCCUGGUACUGGCUGAGGCCGGAAGACGAGACCGAGGAGGAGGAGGAGGAAGAGAAAGAACAAGAUGAAGAUGAAGUUCAGAGUGAUGAGCUGAGCGUGCUGGAGAAGCUGCAGGCCCUGACCGGCUACCUCCGGGGCGAGCACCGGUACUGCGUGUGGUGCGGCACGGCCUACGAGAGUGAGUCAAGAAGACCUUUCGUCCAACUGCCCGGGGCCGUCCUCUGCCGCCCACGACGACUGAGUCUCCGAGAGAGGCGGCCUGACGAGUGUGGUUCCCCGAGACAGACAAAGUCCUUCCCCGGUGUCUCAUGCAGUCGCGUGUUUGAUUCCGUUUGUACUUUUGGAGAACCUCGUACUCGAGACCGAGUGUCCGCCCGGAGCCGGUGGUGGUGUGUGCGCUGUCCGUGCAGGACGGGGCUCGGCAGGUGGCAGGGAGGCUGGGCUGGGGCGGGCACACCUCUGCCUCCUGAGCUCGAGAGUGCCCGGGCGCUCGUCUCCCAGAAUCCCCAGCAGAGAGCCUGAGGUGCAGAGAGUGGCACCCUAGAGCCGGUGGCCCGGGGAGCCGGAAUAAUUCCCCGUCCCUCCGCAGACGCACACGGGAGGGAGGGCCCCCUGCAGUGAGACCGUGGGCAGGGACACUAGUCCAGAGACACCACUGAAGUCCAGUCAGUCCGAGGCUGACCGCGCCGAGCCUACAGUGGCAGGGCGGGAGACACAGCAGCACUCGUCUCCCCGCCGCCGCCUCUGACCCCCAGAGCCCUGCAGGGACAGCCCCGAGCCAGGCGGAAGCCCUGAGCACCCGGGUGUGGCCCAGAACAGCCUUAAUGGCAGCGUGCGUGCGUGUCCGCUGUCACUGAUCCAGUGUUAAAGGCGCUAAAAGAGUCGGGAGGUUUGGUAAAUGUCACGUGACCCGACUAACUUCCUGAAUUUCCAAACGUCCUGGCAUUUUUGUGACUUAUCAAUAUGUUUACAAGAUUGGGAUUUACAGAGUUGGCUGCUGUCGUCUAAUACUUCUGGUGUUCAAGAAAUAAAAUCGUGCCAGCGGUCCAAACAAA